AUGGCGAUCGGAAAAGUCCUCACCGAACGCGCAUGUACCAAGAAGUGGUCCCACAUCUACGUUGAGAAAGAAAUACAUACUAGGGUAAACGACCUUUUAAAUCGCAUAGUGUAUGGCAGAAACAAGGGAGUAUGUCUCCAAGGGAGGAGGGAGCCUCAUUGUACAGAUCGAGUCCGCUCCCCAGAGGACUCAAAUGUCAAGGCCACUUCGAAAUGGAAGUGCUACGAUAAAAUAGCAGUGGAUUUGUUAAAGGAAUAUGUCCGGGAAUUUCACAGGCGAAAAAAAAACUGUCGCUUCAUUAUUUGCCAGGGAGAAAAACUACCCAAUGAAGGAAAAACGGUGGAAGGGAAACAACAAAGAGUAAAGGACACAAGCGACUGUGCGAAUGGCAGGAGCGUGGACAAAGAUGGAGACGUUCCCAUGGUCCAGUUAACCAAACAUACGAACACAUCAAGUUUAGGAAAAGAACAGCCAGAACAGCCAAGUAAGCACCCUCCAGAUAAUAAUUCAAGCAGCAGAAUGAACACGACUGUCAAUUUGAAUCACCUGCAAUACUUAUGGCUCAAACACACGAUGCUUAUAUUUGAGCUUCUAAUUGGAAGCAACCUGAGGGUAGAGGAAAAAAGGAAUUCUCAGAUGACCACCACAGUGCUGGCUCUACUGAAGAGGACACUCAAGGCUAUGCCUCGGGAUUGUCCAGAGAAUGGAAGUGCCAGAGUCGAUACCCUCCUUUCUUGGGCAUACCUUCUGUCUAAGGUCAACAUGGUGGACAAGGAGCUCAUCAUACAGAUGUGCCAUUUUUUUCAGAACCACCUGAAGACACUCACUUCGAUAAACAAGUUCUACCUCCUCAGUUGCAUGAGCAGUUUUCAUUUUCUGUCAAAGAGGUUUCUACGAGUUGGAAAUUACCUGCAGGGUUAUUUUUACAAUUUGUUGAAGAUGGAGCUGGAGGGGCACCACUUACAGGAAGGCGGGGUCAACGUUCGCGUCCACCGUCAUGCGGAGCAUUCAGAGGAGGGGAGAAAACGGACACACGCAGCAGCGCGGUUUGUUAACGGGACAGAUGAGCCAGCCGCGAGAGCAGCCAAUACAGCUGCGACAACACCCGCCCCCCACCCAAGUUUCUGCGCCAGCGAAGUGUGCCAAGUCCUAUUCAAGCAGAAGAAACACCUGACCCAUUUAGACAGGACCAUUUUGAAAAAUGUGCUGAACGGGGAAGUGGCCAAAUAUGGGAAAGUAACUUCCCCCUUCUUUAAGUUCAUCGUGAAGUUAGGCGACAGGGAUUUGCAGCGAUUUUUAUUUGACCGUAUAAUCGAGCACGUGGAGUUGUAUGAGCAGGGAGAGCUGAAUAGCGUGUUGGGCAGCUUUGUCAAAAGGGAGGGGCUGGGAAAGAAGCAGCAGGGAGAGCUAGCUAACGGGGAGAUACAUCAGGCAGGAGAACAGGAUGAAGAGUUUUCCACCCUCGUGCAUAUUUUACUUGAAGCGGAUUUGCACAGUAUGAACCUGAAGCAUGUGUCCUACUUGUACGUGUACAUAAAUAGACUGCUGAAGAAGGAGUUAAGGAGGACAGCGUGUUGGCGAAAGGGAAAGGCUAAGGAUGAAGGCGACUGGGUGGGCCGCGUAGCCACCCAAGAGGGGGGGGCCCAAACGAGUUACAGCCAAAAUGGGUACACAGGAAGGGAACAAGAAGGGGACAUCAACCCUUUUCACCCGUUUGAGAAAAUCCUCGAAGGGGAAGAUGCUCAUGGAGGAGGCGGACUGCCUGAUGGCGCCCCGCACGGGGGGAAUAUUCCCCUCAUGAACCAAGUGAACGAAAAAAUUAUUCUCACUUUAACAGAAAAAAUGUACUACAUAAAAAUGAACAACAUAGUGACCCUCCUGUAUAACACGUGUCCAAUCAUUUCACCAAAGCAAGUGGCCUUUUUAGAAGUCUGUUUUGCGCACUUAAUGGAGGAAAAAUACUUAACGUUUAAUUUGGCCAAGGUGUACCGUUCGGUUUAUCAUCACUUUGUGCAUAGCGGCAUGGAUAAAUCUGAGAAAUGCCAAAUAUAUGUAAGCAGGGCAAAGUGCUUCAAGCGCUCGAGUAUCGCCAACGCUGAGGAUAGAAGCUCGACACUUGCAGUUACGUCACAGCAUGAACAGAAAGUGGAGAAGAUUUUCAGAUACCUCAAGGAAAGGUAUUACCUAAAGAGGGAACAGGACUUGGGGGACAUCAGCACGUGCACCAUCCUGUUAAACGUUUGCCACAAAUUUUUGCUAGACAUGCUCGUUUACUCCUUCCACAGGUCGCAGGGGUGGGGGCACUCCGAAUGGAAUGAGCAGUCCCCUGGGCAGGAGCGAUCACCGGGGGACGACCAGCUUAGGUGUAGCGGCGCGGCGGCGGUGCUCGACCUCGUCCAGCACAUUUACACACACCUGCACUUUGUGAUUGUGACUACCCAGGGGGGGCUGGAAGGAAGGGGAGUCAAAGAGGACUCUGAUGGGGAUGGCUAUGACGAUGGGGAUCACUGCGAUGGGGAUGGCUAUUACGAUGGAGACCACUUUGAUGGCGAUCGCUAUGACGAUGGAGAGGAGCGCCGCCCCCUCCGGCGCAAGCAGUUCCAACUUGCGCUGCUCUACGGGCGUAACAUCGUGAGCGACAUGGGCGUGUACGUCGACGCAGUGGAGCGCGCCUUUCGGUUCUGGGGCAGCGGUGAGAACGCCUUAAGAGUUGGUCACCUCAACACUGCGCCGAAUCGGCUUAACCAAAUCGACAGAUCAGGUGGGAACGAUAUGCCCAAGGAAAUUACCCUCAAUGCGGACCCCCUGUGUAGCUUCCACGAUCUACAGAAUGAUCCAAUCGACGUACAGAAGGUUCGUCACCUGAUGCACUACGUGAGUUAUGUGUGUACUUCUAUUUGUGAACGAAUGGGCACAGUUGAAGGGGAGAAAACGUCGAAAAGGAUGUUGUGUAGGGGGGGCUGA